AUGAAAGAAGACGGGAAAAUAGAGGUGGAAAUGGGUGUGAGGAAAAAAAGAUGGAUCCCACGCACCCGAUCCAAGACGGCGGUGCCCAGCGGAAGGAGCGGCGGAGGCGCGGGCUGGUGGGCAGCGCCGCUGCCGACGGCCGUGGCCCUGAGGCUGGCCAGGGCCGAGUCCGCGCCCACCACGGUGGCCUUCGACGUGCGGCCCCGCGGCAUCGUGCAUGCCUUCUCCCAGCACGCCGGUCCUGAGGAUAAGUACACGUGCACUUUCACGUACGCUUCUCAAGGAGGGACCAAUGAGCAGUGGCAGAUGAGCCUGGGGUCCAGGGAGGACCAGCAGCAUAUCAUCUGUACCAUCUGGAGACCCCAGGGGAAGUCCUACCUGUACUUCACCCAGUUUAAGGUGGAAGUGCAAGGUGCCGAGAUCGAGCAUGGAAUGGCCUACUCAAAAGCGGCUGCGCUCGAAAGUGAGAGUGACGUGCCCUUGAAAAGCGAGGAGUUUGAAGUGAGCAAAACAGCAGUCUCCCACAGGCCCGGGGCCUUCAAGGCUGAGCUGUCCAAGCUGGUGAUCGUGGCCUGGGUGCCCCCCCACAGUGAGCUGUGA